AUGGAGACCAUUCGUUUGAGGAAGGCUUGGUCGUCGAGCAUCCUUUCAGCUGGAGUCUCUUUGUUGGAUUCUGGGACGUUUGUGAUUAUCAGGCAGCGGUUGCGAACAGGCCGCUUGUCUCGUUCCGGUGAUGCUGGCUUUGGUGGACAUUUCUUUUCUCUGACAAGUUCCUCAAGCUGCGCUACUCUAUUUAAGACGAGCUUUAGUUCCACGUUUUUGGUGUUUGAUUUUAUCUUGGGUCGUGAGGAAAUCUUCUUUGAGGCCUUGUUCUCAGCUAUGGUUGUCCUUGUUUUUGCCGAGGUGCUAGCGCUCGCGACUGCGGCAUAG